AUGGUGCUGUUCGCAACAGCAAGCUGGUACUGCUGCUUGAUUCGGGAGAGCUCACAUGCGCCCUCAAGGGCAGCCUUGUGUCCACAGACAUCUCCUCUGGUUCCGCAGGCGAACGCGGGUGUUUGGAGCGAUGUGAGCAAAGCGUUCGAGACAGACACUUUCAUAGACAGGGCAGCGGACCUUUUGGGUGGUGCCGUCCGUGUUCCAACGGAGGUGUACGAUGAGAUGGGUUCGAUAUCUGAAGACGCUCGCUGGGAGGUCUUUGCCUCUUUACAUGAGUAUCUAGUACAGGCCUUUCCACAGAUUCACACUACUCUGCAACUCACAAAGGUGAACACACAUGGGCUUGUGUACACGUGGAAAGGCUCCGAUGAGGUCCUCAAGCCCUUAUUUCUGACUGCGCAUCAGGAUGUGGUCCCUGUCAAUCCGGACACGUACGAUCAAUGGGUGUAUCCACCCUUUUCGGGCCAUUACGAUGGAACAUAUGUCUGGGGACGCGGCAGCGAGGACGAUAAAAGCGGCCUGGUCAGCCUGAUGACGGCAGUUGAGGUGCUGCUUGAGCACGGCUUCCAGCCGAAACGUAGCGUGAUUUUAGCCUUCGGUUUCGACGAGGAGACAAGCGGAAUGCAGGGUGCACUUGCGAUCUCGGAGUUUCUUCUGUCAAAGUACGGCGAGAAUGCGUUCGCAAUGUUAGUUGACGAGGGCGGUGGGUGUAUGAUUGAGAAGCAAUAUGGUGCCCUCUUCGCGCUCCCUGCGAUCGCAGAGAAGGGUUAUAUGGAUAUUCGCAUCGAUGUCGCGGCGCCUGGUGGCCACUCGAGUGUGCCGCCCGCGCAUACGGCAAUCGGCAUGCUCGCAGAAAUACUUGUUCAAUACGAGAUGCAUCCAUUCGAAGUGAAGCUCAAGCGUGACUCGCCGAUGUAUCACCACGCGCAGUGCCUCGCGACAUAUGCACCGGAACUUCCAGGAUUGCUACGCGAUGCGGUGCUGGAGUCAGCCAGCUCCGAUAAGGCUCUCCGGCGGGCACAGGAUCUACUCUUCGAGGACGGUGUGUUCAAGGCAUUGGUCGGCACGACACAAGCUGUGGAUAUAAUCGGAGGCGGUGUUAAGUCAAACGCGCUGCCCGAGAACGCGAUGGCAUUGAUAAACCACCGCAUUGCAACUGAAAGUUCCGCCGCUUCCGUCAGGGAACAUGCCACCUGCAUAGUGAAGCCCGUUGCGGAAAAGUUGAAACUCUCGCUCACGGCCUUCGGAGUGAGCCUUACGGGAGCGCAGGAUUCCCCCGCACAUGGCGUUGUCACGCUCAGUGACGCGUGGGAUCCAGCGCUUGAGCCUGCGCCGAUCACCCCCACUGGUCCAGACGCUGCUCCAUUUCAGCUUCUUGCUGGUACCAUCAAGACCGCGCACCAGUCUCGCCGCUCGAAUACUCAGCUUGCUUCCAGCAAGGACUCGGAGAUACACGUGAUUCCAAGCUUGGGGUCGGGGAAUACAGACACGCAUUACUACUGGAAGUUGACGCCACACAUCUUCCGCUACUCUCACUAUUACUCUGGUGCGGGGCCCCGUGCGAGCGGUAUGCAUACGGUGAACGAAGCUUGCCUGGCAGAGGGUCUCGUCGAGAUGAUCACAUUUUUAACCGCACUAAUCUUAAACGCCGAUGAGAGUGAUAUCAUCUGA